CAAUAAACGCGUGUGUGGUUUUGGAAGAUGAAGGAUAUCCAGCACAAUGUUGCACUCUUCACCUUUCAUCACAACGAAGCAUCACCACAAUGUCGCUGUUUGGUGGCUCCAAUCCUGUGAGCACGUUUGGAAGGCCAGCUCAACCGGCUGCUACACCAGCAGAACAAGACAUCGAAGUUACACAACCGCCUACGGAUGGCAUUUCUGCUUUAAGCUUUUCGCACGUUGCUGAUUUCUUAGCAGCCAGUUGUUGGGACAACAAUGUACGCAUCUAUGGAGUUGAACAAAAUGGAUCAACACAAGCAAAAGCAAUGUAUGCUCAUGAAGGACCUGUGCUGGAUGUAACAUGGAGUAGAGAUGGAACAAAGAUCAUAUCGGCCGGAGCUGAUAAAGCUGCAAGAAUGUUUGAUGUUUCUACAGGACAAUCCUCACAAGUAGCAGCACAUGAUGCUCCCAUCAAAAACCUACGCUUCGUUGAUCAACAAGGCGGUAUUCUAGUAACAGGAAGUUGGGAUAAAACAGUGAAAUACUGGGAUUUACGAUCUCCCAAUCCAAUUGCUGUUGCCCAAUUGGCCGAACGUUGUUAUUCUAUGGAUGCAGUUUGGCCUUAUGUGGUGGUGGGAACUGCAGAACGCAAGAUUCAAGUGUUUGAUAUGUCACAAAAUCCAACAAAUGCUAUUAUCAAUAUGGAAAGUCCAUUGAAAUGGCAAACGCGCGUGGUCAGUUGCAUUCAACGUGCUGAUCAACCUGGCUUGCCUCCCGUUCAACCUGGUUUCGCUGUAGGAAGUGUAGAAGGAAGAGUUGCGUUCCAAUACAUUAAGGAAGAACACAAGGGAAGUAACUUCUCAUUCAAAUGCCAUCGUAAGGACCCUGGUCCGGGUCAAUCACGAGAACCUCAUCAAGUGUUCAGUGUGAACGAUAUCCGAUUCCACCCUAUUCAAGGAACCUUUUCUACAUGUGGAAGUGAUGGUACGAUUAAUUUCUGGGACAAAGAUAGCAAGACUCGUCUUAAAUCGUUUGAGAAUAAGGGUGGUCCGAUCUCAGCGUCUGCCUUUAACAGUACAGGUUCCAUCUUUGCAUACAGUGUUAGCUAUGAUUGGCAUAAAGGUUACUCCUACGCCAAUCCCCCUAAUACGCCUAACAAGAUUUAUUUGCACGCUACAAAAGAUGAUGAGGUGAAAAGGAGACCCAAGAAGCCGUAAAAGAUGGAAGAGGUAACCAAAAGGGAGGAUAUGUACAAUAGUAAAAUUGUUAUGACAUUGAUGAAAUAAUAUUGGUGUACUU